AAAAAUGGGAGAGAGGGUGAGUGGAGAGAGGUAGAGACAUGCCUGUACUUCCUCUCCGCCCCUUCUCGAACACACAGUGGGUAACCCCACAGUGAAGGCUUUGUCCCACUCAUUGUCAAAGGCUUAAGGAGCGUCUUUGCCAAAGUGAGAGGCUUUGCAGACAUAUGUCACUUCAGCGAGUCUCCUGUCGCUCCUUUAGCCGCUUGAGUGGAGGGGCGGGCAGGGAGGCGUGUCUGAGCGCCGGGAGAGGAGCAGCGUGAGGUGGAGAGUGAAGGACAUGUCAAAGAUACUGGUUCAGAGAGAGAGAGAGAGAGAGAGUUGGUGGAAUGAUCCCCUCACCGUCCCGUCCUGAACUUUUUCUGUGGACUUUUUUUUUUUUUUAAUUUUGCGUAGUCCAGCUGCUUUGCUCCUCUGCUAGAGGUGGACUUUACAUGUAGAAUGACUCUAAAAGCUGUCCUCUGUGCCUUAAAAGCUUCAAGUGACGGCAGCUGAUCUGAAUCGACGUACCACCACCCCCCCCCUCCGAGCUGCAGCGUCUCCUGAAAACCACCGGAGGGGUGAUGAGCCUGCAGCUGAUCCUGCUUUUGGCCUUGACCUCCAGGGCUGCAGGCCUCAGCAUCCCCCUGGAAGUGCCACAGCCUCCGACCAUCAUUUCCCACACAUCCAGUCCUGUUAUCGCCUUUCCUUAUGACAGCAGUGUUUCUAUCAGGUGUGAAGCCACAGGCAACCCACCACCAGAAUACAGAUGGACAAAAGAUGGACAAGACUUCACCCCUCCCCAACCCACGACUACCAAAACAGGCAGUUUUGUGGUUUACAAUAAGCAGUUUGCCCAGUUCCAGGGUAAAUACAGAUGUUUUGCUUCCAACACGAUGGGAACGGCUAUGACAGAGGAGAUUGAACUCAUAGUUUCCAGUGUCCCAAAGUUUCCAAAGGAGGCCAUUACUUCCAUCGUUGUUAAUGAAGGUGAUCCAAUCAUCCUGAAGUGUAAUCCUCCUGAAGGUUUACCUCCACGUCAGAUCCACUGGAUGUCUGUUGAUCUCCAACAUAUUGAACAGGAUGAGCGAGUUACCAUGGGAAUCGACGGCAAUCUGUACUUCGCUAACGCCUUACAGAACGACAGUCGCCAGGACUACUGUUGUGUUGCCGCCUUUGCCAGAAUUCGCACCAUCGCCCAGAAAACCCCCAUGAUUGUCGAAGUCAAGAGAAGUAUUGCUGAGCCCCCAAUGAGGAUACCCAGCCUCCUGCUGCCCUCUGGUGUUCAGACAGAGGUAGUGCUGUUGAAGGGAAAGGAGCUGCAGCUUGAGUGUCUACCUGCAGGACUUCCCACACCACAGAUCGAAUGGAUGAAAAUGGGAGGCAGUCUGGCCGAACGAGCACAAUUUGACAAAUUUGGGAAAAUGUUGAUCAUAUCUAAUAUAGAAGAGAGUGAUGAGGGGAAAUACAUGUGCAAAGCCAAAAACCCUGCAGGAGAAGCAGCCCACUACUUUGAUGUGAUAGUGGAAGAGCCGCCAAAGUGGCUGACGGAGCCUCCUCGGAGCCAGCUGACUGUGAUUGGGACUGAAGUUCACAUCAAGUGCUCGGUCAGUGGAAAACCACCGCCAGUCAUAACGUGGAGGAAGAAUGGGGAAAUUUUCAGAGAUGACCCAGUGAGGAGGAAGUAUGUGCUGGAUGACACUGUGGAGCUUCACAAUGCUUCACCAGAGGACAGUGCAGUUUACCAGUGUGAAGCCUCCAACCAACAUGGAAGCAUCCUGGCCAACGUUAACAUCAUGGUCAUGAAUAUGGCUCCUUUGAUAUUAACAAAGAACCACCAGUAUGAUGUAGUGGAAGGAGGUGACAUCAUUUUAAACUGCAGUGUUUUUGGAUCUCCAUCACCUGAAGUAUACUGGGUCAGAAAUGAGACUUUACAAACCACUGAGGGGGAGCGUUAUGUUCUUCACCAGAACAAAUCCCUGCAAAUCUUCAGGGCAGAAAAAGACGACAGCGGGCAGUAUGUGUGUGUUGCCUCUAACUCGGAGGGCAGGUCAGGGCUCACUGCUGUGCUGGAUGUGAAAGAUCGUACAAAAAUAUUCAACCCUCCUCAGGACGUGCAGGUCGUCAGUGGGACAGCAGCUCAACUAAUGUGCAAGGCAGAGUGUGAUAAAAGCCUUCAGGACACCUUUGAGGUGAUGUGGAUGAAGGAUGGAGAUGAGAUCCCACUUUCCUCAAAAGAAACUUCAAAAUACUCUGUGGGUGAAGACAUGCUGCAGAUCAUGAAUGUGGGUUUGAGUGACCAGGGAAUGUACACAUGCAUUGUAAGAACGAGUCUAGAUGAAGAUAAAGCCACUGCACUGCUCACGGUACUGGAUGUUCCCGAUGCUCCUACAAAUUUAGAAUUAUUAGUGCUGAAGAGUCCUAAAAAUGUUCGCCUGUCGUGGAUACCUGGAAGUGACCACAACAGCUCCAUUACAGAAUUCAUAGUAGAGUAUGAGGAGAGCCAGUGGGAGCCAGGCAGGUGGAAGCAUCUACAGAAAGUCCCUGGUAACCAGGCAACGGCCGAGCUGGUACUACACGGACACCUUAACUACCAGUUCAGAGUGUACGCUGUUAAUACUGUCGGACCCGGACCCCCCAGUGAGCCCACGGAGACAUACAAGACCCCUCCUGCUGCUCCUGACAGAAACCCAGAAAACAUUAAAAUUCAAGGCCAUCUCCCUCAUCAAAUGGACAUAAGCUGGGAGCCGCUGCUGCCCAUCGAACACAACGGUCCAGGCCUUGAGUACAAGGUGAAAUAUAGAAGACUAGGAGUGGGGGAUGAGUGGAAGGAACAUCUGGUCAAAAGACACUCCUUUGUGGUGAGGAACACGUCCACUUUUGUGCCCUACGAGAUCACAAUUCAGAGCAGGAACAGUCACGGUUGGGGACCUGAACCUAAAGUUGUCACAGGUUACUCUGGAGAAGACGUUGUUUUUUGGCAUUGUCUGAAGGAAAAUGUGUCAGUUCCUACCGCAGCACCGCAGGAUGUAGCAGUGGAGGUGAUCAACACCACUGUUCUGCGAGUUAGCUGGACCCCGGUUCCACCUGCCACAGUGCGAGGUCAUCUAGGGGGAUACGAUGUUCACUGGGUGAGAAAACGAAGCCUGUUAAACCUCAACAGGAGUUUAGAUGAACGCCAGUCUCUGUCCUUUCCGGGGAAGAGGAGUCACGCCUUUGUGCCGGGCCUUGAACCCUUUUCUGAGUACAGACUCACCGUUAAUGUUUUCAACAAAAAAGGCAAAGGGCCCAACAGCGACCCGGUCACUUUCAACACUCCAGAGGGAGUUCCUAAACAAGUGCCCAUCCUGACCGCCUCUAACUCUCAGAAAGACUCUGUUUUCCUCGUCUGGGGUCCGCCGCCGGAGACAAAUGGCAUCCUCACUGGUUAUCUGCUGCAGUACCACCUCAUUAAUGAGACCACCCUGGAGGUGGUGGAUUCCCAGGAGAUGAACAUCACUGGAGCUGACACCACCCAGUGGCAGCUCCAGAGCCUGGAGGAGCACAGCCUCUACCGCUUUGACCUCAGCGCCUGCACUCGAGUAGGUUGUGGACCUUCACGUGCACAGGAGAGCUACAUCGCCACUCAGACAGAUUUGUCCCAGACUCCAGCUGUGGCCCCUGUUCAGAGCAACCACAACUGCUCUCAAUCUUUUCCCAGCUCUAUCCCAGGCAAUUCUUCUCAUCUUCCUUUAGUUCCAGCUCUGUUCAACAUAAGCUCGGAUGUGAGUGACACCUUUGCCAAAAUCAGCUGGACUGCCAGAGAAGAGCAGCAGGACUUGCAGCUUUAUGUGGCUUAUAUGAAUAACCGUGAUGGUAACUGGCGGAUUUCAGAGGCUGUAAAUACUUCUCAGAGUUUCCACAUUAUUGAUGGACUCAAACCCGGGACGGUGUACACGGUGCGCCUCAUGGCCAAGAGGCUGCUCGAUAACGGUAGCAUUUUCGAAGGUGUUUUCCAGACCCGAAUGAAAGGUGUGGCCAGUACGCAGAGGAACCUUUCCAGCCAGGGCUGGUUCAUUGGGACCAUGUGCGCCGUGGCCCUCCUCACCCUCGUCGUCCUCAUCGCCUGCUUUGUUCGGAGAAAUAAAGGCGGCAAGUAUGCAGGUACGCCGCCGCGACUGCAGCGACAAGAAAUGCUCUCCAUGGAUCAAGUGAAGGAGAAGGAGGACCUCCACCCUGACGUGGAGUCACCAGGAAUGAAUGAUGAUACCUUCUGUGAAUACAGUGACAGCGAGGAGAAGCCACUGAAGGGCAGUAGCGCGUGCUCCCUGACUGGGAAUGACGCAAUCGGGGACGGUGUCAGCAGAGACAGCCUGGUGGACUACGCCGACGGCGGAGGAGAAUUCAGCGAGGACGGCUCAUUUAUCGGAGAAUAUUCCAGGCCUAAGCAUCGAGGCUCUGUUAGCGAGCCCAGUGGACCCGGCCCAGUCACCGCGUAAAGCCCGGCUUCUGCUGAAACGGUCGACUUCAAAUCCUUUCAAGAUACUUUUAAAAUUCAGCCUCCCUGGCAUUAAAUAUACCCUGGAACAGCCAAGGAAAAAAUGGCUUGAAUGAGCAGAAGAUUUUAAAAGAGGGAGUGAUUUUUGCCAGGAGGCUGGAAAGAGAAGAAUACAGAGUGAAAACCAUGUGUGUGUACAUACUGUAAGAGGAGGAACUGUGUCAUUUGUGUGUUUUUAUGAUGUUAAUAUUGGUGAAAAAUCAGACAAAAUCUUCUGUGAUGUACAUGUUUCAUCUUAAAAGAGUUUCAUUAACCCUUAAAGACCUGCACAUUCUGUUUUCUGUGGUGCCUUCCAGAUGAGGUUUUCUCUAAAAUCUAACCUUCCCUAAGGGAUUUAGUGCAGUUAAUUAUUUUAUCCUCUGCAUUUUGCAUUUUUUUUUUAGUGAAAACCAAGUGUUUUCUUAUACAGUCGCAGAAAAAAUUAUUAGACCACUCCUUAUCUUUCUCAGUUUCUUGUUCAUUUUAC